UUAGCACGACACCGGGAACCUCCACGGUGAAGGCGAGGCUGAGGGUAAGGAGCAACAGAAGGCCGCAUGGCACGGCGCACGCCAGUCCCCAUGGACGCCAGGGCUUUGCCUGACAAUGGUCAAGAAAACAGCGUCGCACACUACAUCCUCUCCUCUUCUCUUGUCUGUGCGCUGCGGUACCAUUGCAUGGUACCGCUCGAUCUUGAGGUUGUAUUCCGUCAGCGCCGACACAGCCGUCUUCACGUAUCGGGUGAAUCUCGUCUGGUCUUGCUGGAGUUGGAAGUAGAGCUCGCCGCCUGAGGCGGGUGAGCGCUGUAUGAGCGCUCUCAUCGCUCUGAGGGUUGGGAGAGAGAGCUGAGAGCCAAACAGCGUGGAGGCGGGGUUCGUCCUCUUCGCUACGGUUGACACCUCACCGGCCAGUCGCAACCUCUCCCCUCUUCCGCACAU